AUGAGGAGGACGAGGAGGAGGAAGGAGAACGACCUCUUCGCCUGCUCGCCCGGAACCGAUCUCCCAGUUUCCCCCUCCGCUCCCCCUUCCGCAUCUUCUGAUUCCCCCGCAACCCCCACCUCUCCCUCUUCUGCGCCUUCUCCUCCCCCGUUUGCGCCCGUCCGUCCUCCCAUCCCCGCCGACACGCCUCUGCUGUCCGUGCCUCUGCGCGCCACGCUGUGGGUGCCUCUGCACGCCACGUCAGCAGGAGGGGGAAGGGGGAGCAGCGGCAGUCCGGUGCAGCGACUGGCGAUUGCACUGGUGCAGGCGAGCACCUUCAGUCGCCCCCACCAGCAGCGGACGUGCGAGCAUACGCAGCAGAGAUGGCAGCAAUGGAAGCAGCACAACUCCCCUACCCUCCUCCACCCCUUUCCACACCCGUCUCGCUUCUUCUACUAUCCUCCCGAUAUGCGUGUGCAUCCAACACAGACUCUGGUUGAUUGGAGCGAAGAAGAGUUAGAGCACCUGCAGUCGCCGCCAGCAGCAGCGGAGGUGCGAGCAUACGCGGCAGAGAUGGCAGCAAUGGAAGCAGCGGUGGCUGCUGCCGUGCCAGGGGCGGGGAGGGAGAGAGCGCGGUGGGCUCUGCGCGUUGUCACCUCGCGGUCCUUCUCCAUCUCCAAUGCCGCUGACCCUGCUGGUGCUGCUGGCGCUGCUAGUGCUACCAAUGCUGCUGGUGCUGCCGGUGCUGCCGGUGCUGCUGGCGCUGCUAGUGCUGCCGGUGCUGCCGGUGCUGCCGGUGCUGCCGGUGCUGCCGGUGCUGCCGGUGCUGCUGGUACUGCCGUCCCAGCUCAUCCUGCCGAACCUGCCAAGGCGGCUGGUGCUGCGGAGUUGAGAGGAGCCACUGCGGAUACACCAUUCAGGGAUGGUGGUGGUGGUGGAUUGGCGGAGCAGCUGCCAUCUGCGUUUCAGCCCCUCGCCUCUCCGCGCCUGCAGCACAAGCGGCACCUGCUCUCACAGAUGGCCUCAGAGGACGCCCCUCUCCUCGCCUACACCGGCGGCAUAGCAACAAGGCUGAUGGAGUGUCUUCUAGUCCUGCAUGCAUCAUCAGCUGACGAGCUUGCUCAUCUCGACCACCAUUGGACCGCCUCUCGCUCCCUCGCUGCUGCCAACGCCUCCCCACGUACACGCUCCGUGGCCGCCAAGCAGCUGGUGGAUCGCUGCAGAGAGCUCCUGAACGACUACCCAACCACGCUGCAAGCCGAUGAAGUGCAGCAGGAGCAGCUCAAGGGGGCCGAAGCAUUUGAUGAGCGGAAUGAAGGGAUUGAGAGGAGUGAGCAUGAGCAGGAGGGGAGAGCGCGGCGGCGCUUGCAUAUGGCAGUGGAGUAUCGAGUGGAGGAGAAACGGAUCCUUGCGGAUGCGAUUGCUCGUUAUGGCCGGAUGGUGGUGGUGUGA